GCCAAAAUGACGAUACUGAACUGUUUUGAAGAGCUGAACAUUCCGUCAUCGUACUGGUGUCAAACGGGAGAUGAAGACUGUGUUCUUCUCACAACGAAAAUCUGGAGAAGGGAGCUGAGAGCCAAACACGCUCUGCCGUCGUGGUUCCCGCUGCACAAGGAGCUCUCGUCUGAUGAGGUCCAGUAUGCAGUCCGGGAACACUGUCCGCCGGACACCAGCUGGACCCUGCUCAACCUCUGGAGUAUCCCAAAGCCCGGGGAACACCUGGUCUGUCUUCCGGAGCCCUCAUCGGACGGCACUGAGGCGGCCGGGACAUACGCGGUGCUCCUGCGGCAGGUGGCGCGUGAUAACUUCUGCAACAGCUGGCGUCGGGUGGCCACUAAAUAUCCUGAUGUGUACCCGGAGGAGGCGGAACGGCGUCCGCCAGUUGCCAUGGUAACGGCGGAUGCCGCUCUCCGUGAGCUGCUCAGAAGGGUGUUCGGGCUGCGACCGGCGCCAGUGGGAGGGAAUGGCGGCCUGCACAGUCCGACCGCAGAGCAAGGAGACGAUCAGCGGCCGGUAGGUGGCGGUGGCGUUAGCCGGCAGCCGGUUAUAGAUGUCGCUGCGGACGGCCUGCAGCCGGCGCUGGCGGUUCUGGAGCUGCGCCGUUCGUUCGUGGUUGUCUCUGACCGGUCUGAGUUUACACUGAGGCACCUGGCCGACUUCAGUCCCGGCCAGCUGACCGAGAAUAGCCGAAAGGCGGUGUUUGUGGGGUACCAGCUGCUGCGUGCCCUGGCGGAGCUCCGACGGCGCGGGGUGCCGGCCGGGGACCUGCGGCUCUCCGAUGUCUGGGUCGAUUCGACCCUGUGGCUGCGAGUGAGACCCCGACUGGCCGGCGCCCUGUGCUCCCUCCCGGCGGCCGAGAGGGCGGCGGAGCAGGAGGGCAGAGUGGCGGAGCAGGCCGAGAGAGGGACGGAGAGAGACUGGGAAUGGUGUGACGGCGAGAAGAUGGAGUCGGAAGAGAAUCUCAGCUUCCUUACUCAGGCGUGGUCGUGCCGGCGGCUCUCAAACCUGGGCUACCUGUUGGCGCUGAACCGUCUGUCUGGCCGCCGGUUUGAGGACCCCGCCUACCACCCGGUGGUGCCGUGGGUCAGUGACCUGACCGGCCGCCGCGGCGGCUGGCGGGACCUCAGCCGCAGCAAAUACCGCCUCAAUAAGGGCGACGAGCAGCUGGAUCUGCAGUACAAGGCCGGCGCCUCGGCCGACGAUCAGGUGGCGCACCACAUAUCGGAUAUGCUGUCCGAGAUCACCUACUACGUGUAUAUGGCCCGCAGAACGCCCCAGUCGGUACUCUGUAAACACGUGCGUGCGCAGUGGGUGCCGGGCGAGUACCCGACCUCGCUGGUGCGACUGCAGGCCUGGACCCCGGACGAGUGCAUACCGCAGUUCUACACCGACCCAGAGAUCGUCAAGUCGAUCCAUCCGGACAUGGCCGACCUCGAGCUGCCCGAAUGGGCUGACUCGCCGGCUAGUUUCAUCGCCGGCCACCGGGCGGCGCUGGAGUCGGACCACGUCUCCGCCCAGCUUCAUCACUGGAUCGACCUCACCUUCGGCUACAAACUGACGGGCAUGGCCGCAGUACGAGCGAAGAACGUGUGUCGCCACCUGGCCGAGAGCAGUGACACCUUGCGGCGCCAGGGUGUACUGCAGCUGUUCGCCGUGCCGCACCCGCCUAGGCAGAUGGCGCUGCCUCUGUUCAGCCGCCUGCCGCCCGCUGAGGACGAAUUCAAUUCGCCCGGCUGUGAUCCAGAAGCAUCUCGCGCUGCCGUUUCGGACAACGACCGUGACUCUGCCGACCCAGAGGAGGCCUCCUUCGUCCACGUGCCGACCUCAUCAGUGAUCCGUCUACCCGCGGGCUAUCAGCCGGCGGCGGCUCUGCACAGACUGGAGGCUCUGGGGGCGUUCGUAGGGGCGGUGAGAGGCCGACUGGUCACCGAGAGGAGGGAGAGCGGAGGAGCGGUAGAGGAGGCGCUGGAGGCCCGCCGCCACCGUGACAUCUACGCCUGGCUGUGUCUGAUGGCCGAGCUAUGUUCCCCGGCCGCCUUCCGAAGUCUGUCCGACUCGGCGCCUUUGGAGUCGCGCCUACAGGCGGCGCGGCAGGCGCUCGCCAGUCCGGCGGUGCCGGCGUGUCUGAGCGGCCUGCUGCCUCUGGUGACCGCCGCCGCCGCCGCCGCCGCCGCCGCCCGGCCGCCUCCCACGGUUGCCGCCCUGCUGACGCCGUCCCUGUCGCCGCUGCCGCUGCCGCCGCACGUCGAGGCGCUGUACGCGGCGCUGGCAGAGUUUGGGAGCUGUGCAGAGCGGCAGAGGGAGGUCGAGGAGGAGGUGGGAGCGACCGGGACAGAGGCAGCGGCUGCUGCAGAGCUGUGGGUGCGUCGGUUCAGCGCUCGGCUCGGACCUCUGCUGUCCCAGCUCAGCGACGCCGAGAUGCAGCUACUGGUACCGCCCGUCACCCGGCUGCUGACGGCACGUGCCACCAGUGUGCUGGCCGCCUGGCACGUGUUCAGCGUGGUGGCGGCGCGGCUGGGACCGGCCGCGGCCCGGGAGGUGUUCCUGCAGCCGCUGCUGAGGAUGUACCGACGCGACGCGAUGACGUGCAAGUCGAUGAAGCUGUUCCACCGCAGUUUCCUGCUCCAUCUGGCCGUGAGACUCGGACACGACGCCUUCAUCGCGCACUUUAUCGCGCCCCUGAUAGAGGCGGCCGGCGGAUGUCGUCCUCUGACCACCCGGCUGUGA